AUGCUGCGUUUGGGAUUUCUUACAACAGCUUUUCUGCACGAGCCACCGGUGGUUUUGAGGCGGCCUCCAUAUGCACAAAUAUUUGUGAGGACGGUGGAACAAACUCGAUUGUUCAGCAGCAAUGCCGAAGACAGCGGAACCGCGACUGUGGUUCUGCUUCGGCAUGGUCAGAGCACUUUCAACUCGCUACCCACAUUCACAGGGUGGUGUGAUCCACCACUCACGCCUCGAGGAGUGGAAGAAGCCAUGGAGGCUGGGGCACUCUUGAAACAACGAGGGUUUCGCCAGUUCGAUGUGGCGUUCACAUCCACUCUUAGCCGAGCCAUUAAGACUCUUGACCUGACAUUGGAGGAAGCGGGAUGUCUGUCGUCGACACCUGUAGAGAAAGCCCACCAGUUAAAUGAGAGACACUAUGGUGCGCUACAAGGAAAACGCAAGGAUGAUCCAGAGCUCAUGGAAAAGUAUGGAAAAGAGCUGGUAAUGCAUUGGCGCAGAGAUUUCAAGGCAUUACCACCACCCAUGGAUGAGACUCACGAAUACUACGAGCCACCACCAGCUCCUCUGACUGAAUCCCUGGAACAGUGCCAACAUCGUGUGUUGGAAUACUGGAAGGAAGCUAUUGUCCCGGUGCUGCAACCAGAAAAGAAAAUCCUACUUGUGGCACAUUCCAAUACUAUCCGUGCUUUGGUGGCUCACUUGGACAAAGUGCCAGAAGAACAGGUCCCCAACAUUCAUAUCCCCAACUCUGUGCCGUGUGUUUAUCGCUUCUGCGGUGAACGUGGGACGCCUGUCUCGACUCGGCUGGAAAACGCGGCUGGUGGCACCCAUGGCCAUUGGCUCUUUUCUUACCAAAAUCAGGAACGACUACGGAGCAAAGUUGGCGGUACUGGUGUCUUCUUGCAAUCAGUCUUUGAUGCCUGGGAUACCAAUGGGGAUGGAGUUCUGUCGCUGCAGGAAAUAGAGGCAGGAUUGAGACAAAUAAUGGGGGGAGAAGACAUUGCGGUGAGUUUUAUUGCCGCCAAGAUCUUGGAGGAGAUUGACAUGGACGGCUCGGCCACUCUGUCACCGGAGGAAUUCCGAGAAUUUGGCUCUUCCGUGUAUCAAAAGUACAUGCCCGGAUUCAUGGACAGCGCCAGAGGAGCGCCCUAG